AUGGAGGAGACAGAGUCCGAGUCCUGCACUGUGUGUGGAGAGAUAUUCACUUUCCCUGUGGUUCUCAGCUGCCAUGCCUGUGGAUGUAGCUUCUGCAAACAAUGUCUGGGGGAGUUCUGGGAGCAGCAGGGUUCUCAAAUUUGUCCUAUGUGCAUCCUAAACGAUCCUGGACCUGCUCAGAGAACAUGUGAGGAACAUGGUAACAAAUUCUCCCUCUUCUGUGUCACGGACCUGCAGCCUAUAUGUACUGAGUGUCGUCUCACAGGUUAGCAUGUCGAACACAGGGUGUACCCUAUUAUCGAGGCUCUGGAGGACUGCAAGGUAUUUUAUAUUUAUUUUAUUUUAUAUGGCCGACCUUAAAGAGAUUGAACGGGAUCUUAAGCACUUACAACUUUGUAACAUAUUGUACGGAUUGGAAUUCGUAACAUAUAAGAAUCGCAUUUUUUUAAAUGCAGGACGUAACAUCAUACGAAAUGGAUGGCGUUGUACACAAUUGUGCACAAUUGUCAGGGGACCCGUUUCGGCUCAUUAGCGUUAAUUUCUAAACUAGUGGCUGAAAUUAUACAAAACCUCUCUAGCAUCACUUUAAGUUAUGGGUUGUUUGUAUCUCAUGCAUGAUUUAUACUCAAUGUUGAGUUACUUAAAAGGUUGGGUCAGAACAUACACUUUAUCAUACUCUCACACUAAAAAAGAGCCCCUGCCACCAUUCCUCCCUGGGUCAGUAUGAAGUCAGUCACUCGCAUAGAGUCGGCUAGAAGGCACACUAGGACCAAAGCCUGUUUUAACAUGGCCAGCGCCAUUGAGGGCUUUCACAAUUUUUAAGUAGUAAACUAGGUGGGACUUGCUAUGGGUUAAGCCGUUAAGGAAUGAUCACAGAAUUCCAUCCAGGUCAGCAGGAGGGGUAAGCCAAAUAAUUAUACCCCUGAGCAAACAUUCUAUAACUGCAGGUGGCAGUAAAUCACCAACCUUGGCUUCAUAUCUGUUCAGACUCCAGCACAGUAGGUGGUGUUUAGCACCUUUUUAGUUUAUUUACAAACUGCCAAUACUCUCAUAGAAGUAGAAAUUGACUACUUUUAAAUGGUGAUAGCCCUCAAUGACGCUGCCCAUGCUGUCAACGAAGCGGCCAUUGCAAAGAUAGGAGAUGAGCUAUCUAGUACAUCUCUAUGGAAAUUGAUUGUGCUCAGAUCUUACAUCCAGUCAGCAGCUAGAUGUUACUCCCCUCUAGUGGAAGGGAAAUGUAACUAUCAUCAACAUGAUUCACUGCCAAGUGUCAUGUGACUCACUAUAAGUUUAACUGUCUAACUUCAUAACCAAAAAACGUAGGCUGUUUUACUACAAGUGCUAUUUGCAUGUUGAAAUGUCACAGGUUUGCUUUUACUUUUUCUAUUUUUUUUUGUGUGUAAAAUAAGUGUUCAUUUGCACAGCAGCAUCUCGGUUGAUCAAUGUCACUAUAAAGUUCACACUUGAUUUACAAAGCUUGCAGUAAAAUAAAUGUCAUAGGGGCCAAGACUCAUACGCCAUUUAGAGGAUCACUGUAACCAUAUCUGAGCCAUUGCAGCCUGUUAUAGAUACAUAUACAGUAUACAGGAUACAGCUCCACAUACAGCUCCAGCCCUGAGGUAGAAUGGAGGCCAAAACUCUCCUGGAGAACAAUUCCACCUGUCCUGUAUGUAGAGGGGUCUUCGGUGUGCCAGUUAUAUACAGCUGCAAUAACAGUGGCUGUAGUUUCUGCAAACCCUGUCUGGAGGAGUUCUGGGAGCAGCAUGGUCUUCCAAAUGGACAAUGACCCCAAGCAUACUUCCAAAGUUGUGGCAAAAUAGCUUAAGGACAACAAAGUCAAGGUAUUGGAGUGGCCAUCACAAAGCCCUGACCUCAAUCCUAUAGAAAAUGUGUGGGCAGAACUGAAAAAGCGUGUGCGAGCAAGGAGGCCUACAAACCUGACUCAGUUACACCAGCUCUGUCAGGAGGAAUGGGCCAAAAUUCACCCAACUUAUUGUGGGAAGCUUGUGGAAGGCUACCCGAAACGUUUGACCCAAGUUAAACAAUUUAAAGGCAAUGCUACCAUACCAAAUACUAAUUGAGUGUAUGUAAACUUCUGACCCACUGGGAAUGUGAUGAUAUAAAUAAAAGCUGAAAUAAAUCAUUCUCUCUACUAUUAUUCUGACAUUUCACAUUCUUAAAAUAAAGUGUGGAUCCUAACUGACCUAAGACAGGGAAUUUUUACUAGGAUUAAAUGUCAGGAAUUGUGAAAAACUGAGUUUAAAUGUAUUUGGCUAAGGUGUAUGUAAACUUCCGACUUCAACUGUAUAUGGGACGGCUGUCAAUCCUUUGGUCCUUAAAUGAAACUCGUAUACUUUUUUAUUUAUCACAAUUUUCUUUAACCAAUUAUGUUCUUUAAUGCAGGGCCGACAGACAAGUUCCUUAUUUUUUCCCCCUUCCACUUUCCUCUUCCAUUUUUGCGGUAAUGCUGCAAUUAUUUGGUUGUAAUUUUGAGCAGACAUUUCCAUAUGUUUUUGUUAGCUGCAUGUGCGACAUAACUCAUCCAGUCCUACCUAUGAUAUAAUUUAAGAAGAUUAUACCUUUUUAUCAAUCAGUAUAUUUGAGUUUAACCACAAUUUUUGUUGCAUUAUUUGUUCUGUCGUUUCUGGAGGAUUACAUUGAAAUUGCAACCAACUUUCUAUGGCUUGUUUUAGAAAUAGUGAUAUUUGGGAGAUGAUUUCCUUUUCAAAUAACUGAAAUUGAGAGGUUGUAAUCUGAAUAAAGGGAAAAAGGCCAUUCUUGAAGAUGGGGUGAGACAAUCUUACUAAUUUGCUAGAGAACCAGUUCGGAUUUAAGUAUAACUUUUGUAUGACUGAAGCUUUUAGUGAUAGGUCUAAUGCUUUAAUAUUUAAUAAUUUAUGUCCUCCAAAUUCAUAUUCAUUACUCCAUGACUUAAUUUGAUGCUACUUUAAGGUGAUUUGGCCAAAAAACGUUGAACAUGUGCUGUACUCCCAUUGAAUUUUAGCUAGUGGUGGCUAAUCUUAGCUGACGUUUGUAGUGCCUGUUUAAUGACAUCCGAACCAUGGACUAAAGUUUCUCCUGGCUAAUAGACUACUUUCAGGGUUAGGAACCAUCUAACAUUAAGUUGUAAACUACUGAACCUCUUGGUAAUAAAGAUAAGGCUAUUUAUGUCUCAUGCAUGAUUUAUCCUACAUUUUGAGUACCUUAAAAGGUUGGGCAAUUAACACCCCGUUUUUAACAUAUUCUUUUUAACCCCUGCCCCCAUUCCUCCUUGGGUCAGUGUGAAGUCGGUCACUCAUGUCAGUCUCUUCAGUCAGCUAUAUUGUAGGGUGGGGUGAACCACCAUAUGUGGGCUCAGUUGAAUGUCUCUGUCAUUGGAUGGCUGUGUGUGUGUGUGUGUGUGUGUGUCAGUAGUACCUCGGUCGGUGUCAGCGCUGGUGUACAUUUGCAUAGUAGCUGGAGUCGAUCUUUGUACAUACUUCAUGUUGCUCUUCAGAAGGGUCGGUCAGGGAAAUUAUUCUCAGUUGA